AUGGCCAUGGCGACGCCGGCGAAGCCUCACCUUGUGUUCUUCCCGUUCCCAGCUCAGGGCCACGUGACCCCGGCAUUCCAGCUCGCCACGCUCCUCCACCAGUGCCACGGCUUCGACGUCACCUUCGUCCACACCGAGCACAACCGCCGGCGCCUCCUCCGCGCGCGCGGGCCGGACGCGCUGGCGGGAUCCCCCGGGUUCCGCUUCGCCGCCGUCCCUGACGGCCUGCCCGCGUCAGACGUGGACGCGGCGCAGGACAUGCCCGCCCUGCACUUCUCCCUCUCGGCGGCGGUGGUCCCGCACUUCAAGAAGCUCGUGCUGUCUCAGCUCCUCCCCAGCCCCGCGGCGAGCUGCUGCUGCCUCAUCUCUGACGUCGACCACAUCCUGCGUGCGGCCGCGGACAUCGGCCUGCCCUGCGUCAACUUCUGGACCACGAGCGCCAGCUCCUUCAUGGCUUUCCAGCAGUGCCAGCAGCUCGUCGCCAAGGGCCUUGUUCCUCUCAAAGAUGCUGAGCAGCUGAGGAAUGGAUACCUGGACAGCACGGUCAUCGACUGGGUGCCGGGGUUGCCCGCGUCCAUGCGCCUGAGGGACUUCCCGAGCUUCAUCCGCACCACGGACGCGGACGACGCGGGGCUCGCCAUCACCCUGCGCACAAUGGAGUGCCACCGCACCGUCCCAUCCGCCGUCAUAUUCCACACCUUGGAGGAGAUGGAGAGCCACGUCAUGAGCGCCUUGUCGGCCAUCAUGCCGCCUGUCUACGCCAUCGGGCCGCUACCGCUGCUCCUCUCCGGCGCCGGCGGCGGAGCGACCAGCAGCAGCUGUUCGUCAACGGCGGAGCCGCUGCCGCCGGAGUUCUUGGCGGAGACGGAGGGGACAGGCUGCGUGACGAGCUGGUGCCCGCAGGAGGCGGUGCUCCGGCACGAGGCGGUCGGCGCGUUCCUGACGCACUGCGGGUGGAACUCGAUGCUGGAGAGCGUCUGUGCCGGGGUGCCCAUGCUGUGCUGGCCGUUCGUGGGCGACCAGCAGCCUAACAGCAGGCUCGCAUGCACGGAGUGGCGCGUCGGCGUGGAGCUCGGCGAGGACCCCAGUCGGGAGGAGGUGGAGACGGCGAUACGCCAGGUGAUGGGAGGGGAGCGAGGGGAGGAGCUCAGGAGGUCGGCGGCGGAGUGGAAGGAGAAGGCCGCUCGCGCGGCACGACCAGGUGGCUCCUCUUGGGUAAAUCUGGAGAAGUUAGCUAACGAGGUGCUUGCUCCUCUCAUGACGCACAAUCAUUGA